AUGAACGGGCUUGGGCUACCGGCCAUCGCAACGGGUGGCGAGGCGGCGCGGGACUUCUUCCUCGACUACGAGACACAUGCGUUUCCUUACGGUGACUCGUAUGCGAUGGAUCCGGCGCUGCCAGGCGACGACGAGGCCGCGGGCCAGCGCCAGCUCUGUGCGACGGUCGACACUUGGACGAACAUGCUCUUGGGCACGCUCGACGAGCUGCUGCAAUGGAAAGACCAUGUCGUGACGGUGGCGGCGCUACCGACGACCGCGCUCUCGACGUUGGCAGUCCUCUCGUCCAAGCUCUGUCGCUGCAAAAGCCACAUCCGCAGUGCGCUGCCGCAACUCCUUUCGACGACCGAGGACCUCAUCGGCGGCGUUCUCCUCAACGAGCGCAUUCGGGCCUACAAGACCAAUAUGGUCGAAAUGGCGACUGCCAUGGACCACGAGAAGAUGGUGCUCGCCGAGGAGCAAGUGAAACUCCGCGCAGCCUUGGCGCAACUGGCCCGCAUGAAGAGCGCGCACCGC